GCUGCCGGGAGCUCCCCCCCCACGACGACCACAAGAACGACAAGAUGGCGGACGAGCUGCUGGAGCAGAACCAGGAGGUCGCCGACGUGGUGGAGGGGCUGCGCGGCUGCUGGGAGAGCGACAAACACUGGCGGGCGCGCAGGGACUUUCUGAUCAGGAACCUGUCCGACUACCAGAGCGAGGGCGAGAGCAUGGAAGACCUGGACGACCUAGUCGCGCUCUCCAUGGUCUGGUCCAACCACGUCUUCAUGGGCUGCCGUUAUAAUGAUGACCUCAUGGAGAAGGUAUUGGAAAUGGCAGACGGAGUUGAAAUUGAAGAUGCGCCACAGUUCACCACCAGAGAUGAGAUCAUGAAAGAGAGACGGUAGAAGUAUUAGCCACGACAGAGUUUUUUUUAAAGAGUUCCUGACGAAUGUUUCCAAAGAGGAAGCAUGCAAGUUGGAUGGGGACAGGGGAUGAAUUGGAAAGAAAAGAAAGAAUGCUAAAUAAAUGUGCUGAGGCUGUUGUCUUCAAUGUGACAGAAUCAAAUUAAUUUACAGGUACCCAUAUCAAAUGGUAAAAAUUAAUAGUUUAAACAUUUGUGGUUUGCACAAAUAGUUGUAAAUGAUUAUUGACCACAGAGGCAGAGACAAUGCAUUUACUUUAUUUUCAUAUUGACAGAAAAUGGUUGUAUGUUUAAUGCAUCAAUUAAAUUUGUGACCAGUCUACUUUUUUUCGUCCUGUAUUGCAAGAAAAUUAAAAAAAAAAAUUUUAAUUGCCUGGUGCAGAUUAUUUUUUAAUGUUAUGGCAUGUGUGGACAUAAAGAAGGGAAGGCUAGAGACAUUUAUUUUAACUUCAUAGAUUGUUACUUUUUAAAUUGUAAACAGUCCAAAGAUUUUGUGAUCUCAGUAUCCCUUAUAUCGACUUGUCGUUAUAUUGCCUCCUUGGCAUAAA